AGUUAACAGCUUGGGCAUGUUUAGAAAAGAGUUGCUGUGCGGACUUUGACUCUCUAAGAUCUAGGAUCUUGUCCUGAUAGUCUGCUUAACUGGCUGGGGGUGUCCAGCCACUAUCCCUUCUGUCUGAACUUCUUAGGGCAAUUCUGUCAGCCUCUCUGUUCUCGUUCCAGAAAAACCUGCGUGAUAGCACAACAGCAUUUUGGUCUGUCUGUCUAUAUGCCCACAGAGAGAUGGCUUAGAUUUGUUUCCUGUGGGUGGAUUACAGCCCCCCAGAACUUCCCUGCCCUUGUUGGGGCUGUGGAGUGGGAGGGGCAGGAGAUGGAAGACCCUCAGAUAUUCUGUGCGAUUCUCCAAAUCUAUCUGCGCAUGUUAAGAUAAUGAUCAGAAUGAUGCUAAGAAAGGGAAAGGUAACAAUAUUUUAGAGCAAGACACUGUGCCAGGCACAUUACAGAAAUUGUAUGGUCUUCAUGACAAUUCUUUUUCAUAGGUACUGUUGAUAUCUUCAAUUUGCAGGUGAGAAAACUGAGGCCCAAAAUGGUUAAAUAACUUGCCUACAGUCACCCAGGUGGUAAAUGGCAAAGCCUGAUUCAAACCCAGUUCUCUCUGACCUUCAAGGUUUCUAUGAUUGUAGCUCUCCUAAAAGAGUUUUCCUGAAAAUGUCUUGGCUCUAGCUGUCAAAACAGACUUGGUGUAAGGCAGACAUAGCUUCAAGUCUCAGCUCUGCCACUUACCAACUGUGACUAGGUGACCAAACUGACCAAUGGAACAGGAUCAGAGGCAGGAGCAAGAUGGGGAAGGGUCCUUGAAGGCACUGGGGACAUUUGGGUGUGAGGGGAGAAAACCUGGAAACAGAAGAGCUGUCUCCAAAAAUACCCAUUGUGUAAGCAGGUUGUCAUGUGGACUAUGGAUGAGAUUUGUUCUGGGGCCAAGCACUGCUUAUGUGUACAUUAUUUAAUUACAUUUCUUAAUCCUUCCAUCCCAUUUUACAGGGGACAACCAAGAAAGGUCAAAUCACACAGCCUGCAAGUGGAAGAGACAGAAUUUGAGCCCAGGUUCAACUUUUGCGCUGCACCAGGCUGCCUCUUGGUGCUGACAGGAAGUCACAACCUGGGUUUGAGUCUUGAUCCCUGGCUAUUUCUGGCUGUGUUACCUUGGAAAAGUCGUUUAUUCUCUCAGCCCUGUUUCCUCCUAUGUAAAACAGGAACAAUAAUGCUAUCCCUGGCUCUGAGAUAAUGGAUUUGAAAAUACUUAGUGCAUCAAAAAGCACAAAACACACACUCAAUAUUAUGAUUAUGUAACUGGUCAUCACCUCUCCUGAGAAUGAACGUACUGGGGAAAGGGCUGGGAAGUUUCUAAGGUACCCCUUGGGCCACAGAAGGGAGGAGGGAUUGCUUUAUCCUGCAGUGAUCAUGUAACUGAGAAUGUAGUCUGACUCUAGUUUUUUCCUGGCUGGGCCACUUAUCUUAACAGCUGAGGUUUGAGGUAUUUGUGUGUGUACCCCUCCUCAAAGCAGUGUUUCCCAGUGUAGCCCAAGAGCCAUCUCUUUCAGAGCCACCUGGGGUGCCUUAAAUUGCAGUUUCCUGGGCCCCAGCCCAGACCUCCAAAGUCAGAACUGCAGGGUAUGGGGCCAAGGCAACUGCAUUUCUAACAAAUGCCCUAGGUGAUUCUGAUGCACUUUAAAGUUUGAGAUCCACUGUUCUGAGACAAUAACAGGAUGGUUUUUCUAAUACCACUGCAGCCCUGACUUCUUCUCCUAGAGAAGAGGCUGCCCGGAGAGGCCAGGACAGAGGAAACAGGACCCUUCUUUUUCUGAGGACUCAGUGUCUUCCAGAGGCAGUAUGUCGGAGGGGAUGGGCACGUUCCGCAUGGUCUCUGAAGAGGAACAUGAGCUCCGUGCCCAACUGGAGCAGCUCACGACCAAGGACCAUGGGCCUGUCUUUGGCCCCUGCAACCAGCUGCCCCGCCACACCUUGCAGAAGGCCAAGGACGAGCUGAAUGAGAGGGAGGAGACUCGGGAGGAGGUGGUGCGAGAGCUGCAGGAGCUGGUGCAGGCGCAGGCGGCAACCGGGGAGGAGCUGGCGGUGGCGGUGGCUGAGAGGGUGCGGGAAAGGGACAGCUCCUUCUUCCUACGCUUCAUUCGCGCGCGCAAGUUCAACGUAGCUCGAGCCUACGAGCUGCUCAGAGGCUAUGUGAAUUUCCGGCUGCAGUACCCUGAGCUCUUCGACAGCCUAUCCCUGGAGGCCGUCCGCUGCACCAUCGAGGCUGGCUACCCUGGUGUCCUCUCUACGCGGGACAAGUAUGGCAGAGUGGUCAUGCUCUUCAACAUUGAGAACUGGCAUAGUCAGGAAAUCACCUUCGACGAGAUCUUGCAGGCAUAUUGCUUCAUCCUGGAGAAGCUACUGGAGAAUGACGAAACGCAAAUUAACGGCUUCUGCAUCAUUGAGAACUUCAAGGGCUUUACUAUGCAGCAGGCUGCCGGGCUCCGACCAUCAGAUCUCAGGAAGAUGGUGGACAUGCUCCAGGAUUCUUUCCCAGCCCGAUUCAAAGCCAUCCACUUCAUCCACCAGCCGUGGUACUUCACCACGACCUAUAAUGUGGUCAAGCCCUUUUUGAAGAGCAAGCUGCUUCAGAGGGUCUUUGUUCAUGGAGAUGACCUCUCUAGCUUCUACCAGGAGAUUGAUGAGAACAUCCUGCCCUGUGACUUUGGAGGCACACUGCCUGAGUAUGAUGGCAAGGCCAUUGCCGAGAAACUCUUUGGCCCCCGGGUCCAAGCUGAGAACACAGCCCUGUGAAGACAUCUCCUGCCGUCUAACUGUAGUUAGCAUCCCUGGGCCUCUCCUCAGCUGUCCUGGACUCAAGGCUGGGGAAAGGGCUGCCUGAGGUGACUGUGGUCCUCCUGAACCUCCAUAAACUUGGGUGAGCUCAGGCGUCACCCUCUUCUCAAGUUGGGGGGCAAUAAAGCCGAGGAAAUUCCCUUCAACAAGAAUUGGGGACAAUUAUAUUCCCAACUGCCUCUGAAGCUUUAUGACAGUGACUUUCAUGUGAGGUUGAAUUUCAGAGACUCUAAUUAGGCUUCUCAACAAUUUCCUUUGUAACAGAGUUUGGAACUUAAUGUCUAUGAAAACAGGCAAAGAGGCUGGAUUAAAAAUCUCCCCUCCCCCCAUAAUACAAUAAACAGAAGAUAAAAGAAGGGGGA